AUGUCUCGAAAUGUCUUUCCUGCCGGCAUCCUGCAACCUCCAUUUUAUGACGAACAGUAUCCAUUGUCGAUGGUAUUUGGAGCAAUGGGGGCUGUGGUUGGACACGAAUUUACCCAUGGCUUUGAUAACCGUGGCGCCCAAUAUGAUAAAAUCGGAAAUUUAAAGAAUUGGUGGACGCAAAAAUCCAUGGAAAAUUUUAGGAAACGAUCUGUCGGUUUAAAGAAACAAUACGCAAAAUUUCCUAUCUGCAAGAAUUCAGAAUGUGAUUUACAUGCUUACAAAAAAUAUGUAAAAGAUCACAACAUCAAGACAAUGACGUUACCAGGUUUGAGUUAUACCAGCGACCAACUAUUCUUUGUUGGAUUUGCGCAUAUAUGGUGUCGCAAGAUACAGCCUAAGGCUUUGAUUCACCAGUUACUGGCAGAUCCACAUUCGCCAGCAAUUGCGAGGGUGAUUCUCACAUUGCGAAACAGUGAAGCAUUUUCAACAGCGUUCAAUUGUAAAAAAGAUUCACCAAUGAAUCCAACUAUAAAAUAUGGAGUUUGGUAA